AUGAAGGACACACGGGGGAACCGCUGCCUGGCCUUCCUUAAGGGGCUGCGACUCGAAACGGACCCGAACUUACCGGGUGCCAAGCAAAAAACGCCAUUCAACAUAAGCAGAUUAUCGCUGCUAAUAAUCACCGUGAUCUACACAGCGACCUCCGCAUGCAUCUACUUCGACUGGAGCGCAAUUCGAAAUUUGUUGCUCAGCGUGGGGAAGUAUAAGAACCUCAACGUGGGCGAGUACACAGAUAUUACCCUCACCCCUCAGUACAAGCGAAUAAACAACCUCUACCCGACAACGCUAGCCAUACAUUUUACCAUGUCCGUUUUCUGUGGAUUUUUAUAUGACCACAUUGGUCCCAAAUUUACAGCCAUGAUUGGACAGAUGUGCAACAUAAUAUCAUGGAUUUUGUUGUCAAUCGACUCAACCACAGUGGAUACAACUCUCAUGAGUUUUGUGUUCCUUGGGUUAGGUGCAGACACUGCCUUCAUCCCCGUGUUAACAAUUUCGAAUCUAUAUCCUGAUGCCUCUACCUUCAUCCUAACCGUCGUAGGAGCAGCUGCAUCGUUAAGUUACGCCGUCCCAGCCACACUUAACUUGAUUUACCGCAAAUACCCCUCCACGCCAUUUGCAUACAUUUGCUACGGGUACAUCCUUGUGAUCCUGGUGCCAUGCUUAUUACCAUUCAAGGGGUUAGAUUACUACAUUGAAAAGGAUCCAAGCAGAAAGAGCUGUACAGAAGGAGAUGGCCAAGAUGGACGUAGGGAUAGAAAAACUGUUACUAGCCAAACGAAUGACGAAGUUGAUGUGGAGAUGCAACCAUUCGAUACUGAACACUUGGGAGCUUCCAAAGGGAGAAAUGGUAAUGAAAGUAAUACCCCCUCUACAAGGGGAAACACACCAAAUAGUGGCAAACAUUCAAGGGGAAAAAAUACGAGUGGAUCGAAUAGAAAAAGUGUGAGCAGUAAAGGAGGAGGAAGUACAAUCCAAGGGGUGCAAAAAGAUCAAGAAAAGAGUUCUUCGAAAGGUUUAAUUGAAGAAGGUUCAGAUUUCCAUAAAAAGAGCAUCUCCCUAUUUUUCAAGAUACUCCUGACUUACCCAGCCAUCUGUAUUAUUGUAUACUUUAUCCUAUUCAAUAUAUCAACAGUCUUCUACGGAAUGGUCACGGAUACCUAUUUUAGUUACGAUCGAUCUAUUAUUAAUAUAAUUAAUAUCUUGAUGCCCAUUUCUUGUGUCCCUUGUAUCAUAUUUGGGAGAUUUAUAAACAAAUAUGGAUCAGCUAUAAUAAUAAUUUUGAUGAAUGCUUUUUCUGCACUGAUGCAUUUGACAGCAUUGAUCAAACAUCGAGUGGCUGGACUUGUGUCUGCCUUCCUUUACAUGUGUGUCACGAGUAUUUACACAAGUCAGAUUUAUUGCUUUAUUCAGAACUCCUUUCCGUCUGUUGUUUUUGGGAAGCUUCUUGGAUUCGCCAGCCUUUGUGGAGGUCUCUUUUCUCUACUGUGUGAAAAUCUUUACGAUCAGAUUGUGAGCAAGGACGGGAAAAGCGUGGACCCCACCAACGUCGUACUCUUGCUCGUCAUCACCUUCAUCAUUAUGUUCCUCCCGCUCACCGUUUUGUACUUCCGAAAGUAUGAGCGAUCCAUUGAGAACCUGCACCAGGAGGGGGCCUCGUCACAGAGCUCGGCGCGCGCCUGA